CUCACUCUUCCUAUUCUUUCUUCUCCUUCCCCAAAACCCUAAAAUGGAACAUCCAUUCUUCAUCAAUGGCCCUCCUACAAAUCGAUCUGAAGCUUUACGGUGGCUAUCAAUCGCCGAAAAGCUCCUUACAAAUCGUGAUCUUGUUGGUAGCAAAUCAUUUGCAACUCGUGCCCGUGAAUCCGACCCGUCUUUAGCUCACCCAAUCGAUCAAAUCCUCAGCAUCGUCGACACCUUAACCGCCGGCGACAAACGUAUCAACAAUCAUCACUUUGAUUACUACUCUAUCCUCCAGAUCCCUCCUAACCAAACCCAGAACUUCGAAUUCAUCGCCGAUCAGUAUCGUCGAUUUGCUCUUCUUUUGAAUCCUCAGAACAACAACUUUCCGUUUUCGGAUCAAGCUUUUGGACUUGUUGUUGAUGCGUUUUCAGUUCUUUCUGAUCCCUUGAGGAAAAGUAUGUAUGAUAAAGAAUUGGGUUUUUUUCUGAAUCUUUACCCAGUUGCUUCUGCGCCUACACCGGUGAGUUUUGUGCAGCAUGGUGGGUUUAAUCAAAUGCCGGGGUCGACUGCAGACCAGCUGUUUGUGAAUAUGCCUAGUCAAGAUCAAGGUUCACAUGCUACUGGAGUAAGCUAUAGUAGAGAUCCGCAAGCUGGAAUAUCUAUGCCGGUUACAUUUCUGAAUCGUGAGCAAGAGACUAUGACUAUGGGGAGCUCGGGUUCGGAGCAAGAGCACCAGCAACAGCAGCAGCAGCAACAACAACCUGUAACAUCUCUGAGACAACAAACACAACAACCGGUGAGUUCUCUUUCGUUUUCAAACAUAGAUGAACAGCCUGCUACAUUCUUGAAUUUAAACCAACCACAGCCUGUAACUUCUGAGAGGAGCUUUAAUAGAGAAAACCCACCAUUUGGUAUUGGGUUGAGCUCGGCGAGAGGGCGAGAACCGGAGGUUACUGUUGAGCAGCAUGGGAAUCAACAGCCCCUAGAAAGAAAUGAGAAUGUAGUGGUGGGGAGCAAUGAAAAUAGACCUGCUAGUACUAGUAAUAAUGCGAGUAAUGUGAAGGAGAAAGAAAGUAGAGUAGAUGCAUCAGCUAAGAAGAUACCCAGUUUCUGGACAGCAUGUCCUUAUUGUUAUGUUAUGCAUGAGUACCCUUUGGAUUAUGUUGAUUGUACACUAAAGUGUCAAAAUUGUAAGAGGGCUUUUCAAGCUGUUAAGGUUGCUGCUCCGCCGAUUAUUGAUGGAAAAGAAGCUUAUUUCUGUUGCUGGGGAUUUAUGCCUUUAGGAUUUUCCGUGGAGCAUUUUGAGAGAAGUAGAAAUAAUGUUUCAAGCUGGUCUCCGUUUUCGCCCAUGUUUACUUGUCCAACCUCUGGGGCAAAUGAAGGGAGGAAUGCUAAGAAUCAUGCUGUUGGGGGGCAGAGUAAUGUGAGUACUUUUGGCAAUUUGCAUAAUGCUGGUGGAUCGAGAAGUCGGAGUGGACGAAAGCUUUCUGCUCCAAGGAUUUACAGUGAUGACGAUGAUGACGACGAUGAUGAUGAUGACGUACUUGUUGACAUAUCAGAGGUACUUUCUGGAGAUGCUUGACAUAUUGGAGGUACUUUCUGGAGAUGCUUGACAUAUCGGAGGUCCUUUCUUAAAGAUACUACUCCAAGGUAGAGAAAGGUAAAUUCUUGAAGAAGUUCGGUAAUAGGUGAAGAAGGAAAGAGAUUCAAGCCUUUCAUUUCACUCCAAAACUUAAAUCUUUCCAUUAUUUUCUUUGAUUAUCGUGUUCAUAUCUAGUCUAGUUGGUUUAGAUACUCUGCUUCAAGUCCCAACAACGGGAUACCUUUUUCCUGUUCUGAGAUGCGACUUUCUUAGGCCGAGGGUCUAUUAGAAACAACCACUCAACUGCACAAAGGUAGGGUAAGGUCUGCGUAUACCCCACCCUCCCCAGACCCCACUUAUGGGACUAUAUUGGGUAUGUUGUUGUAUUGUAUUGAUGUUUUGUUAUCUUCUCUUGGCUUUAGUAAUUCUCUUAUGAAGUAAACUUUGUAAUUGAGGAGUAGAUGAAACUAAUCUGUAACUUAUUUUGUUAGCUCAAUACAAUUUGCUUCGGA